ACAAAAUUUAGUCGUUCGACUAUCGAAUUGUCAUCGAGCAUUUCUGAUUGCGAUUCUUGUUCGACCAGUAUUUUUUGUUUGAAGUGUCAACAUUAUUAACGUCAAUACUUGUGUAACUAAUAUUUAUAAGUUUCGAACGAAAAGAAGUUUGAAAUAAAAAGAUAUGUCCACGAGCAGGGAUAUCAGUAUACUGAAGGAUCAAGAUGAAAAGAACAAGUUGAAAGUUUACUGCACAUUUUGUCCAUCAAAAAUGCUCAAUGCUGGUGCAGCCCGGCUAAUUAAUAUCGAGUUUAAUCUACCCUAUAUACAUCGUAAGGGAGAAGGUGAAGCGGAUCAACAGGAAAUGAUAACCGACUAUUGGUUGGUGGAGGAUAUGUACACGUUUGAAAAUAUUGGUGUUUCACAUACAGUAGGCAACGUAAAAUAUUUAGCAUGUGCAGAUUGUGAAAGAGGUCCAGUGGGUUGGCACGAUUUAUCUACAAAGAAAUCGUAUAUCGCACUAAGUAGAGUUAAACACGAAUGA